AUCGCAAUACGUGGUCUAUCUCGUACGGAGGCACAGCACGUGAUGUCACGUUAUGAUGCACAUACACGUGAAGAGCAAAAAGCGAUUCUGAGUGGUCUAUUGGGUAUUAUUUACGAUAAUUAUGACACCACUCGACGCAUGCAAGUGACAGUUGAUGGUAUACAUCGCAUCGUCAUAACGAUGCUUGUCAUCUUGUUACUUUUUGUAACGGCUGCUGUUGUCAGUUUAUGUGUUAUUGGUUGUCGAAGGUAUCAAGCAGAAACACGUCAAAGUUUAAGGCCGAAAUCGGCGCCUAUUGAGAUUUGA